UUGCAAACCGGUUAGUUGCCUUAUUAUUUGAACUGCAGCAUGAUCGCGGUCGUCCCGAGCGGCCUCGUCGCCGCCAUGGCCCAGCUCGAGGAAGAUGCGACCACGUACAUCCUCGGGACGCAGGACGAAGCAUGCAUCGCCGUAUGGUCCAUGAGCUCGAUGCGGAGCGUGAGCGAGAUGCUUCCGAGCGGGCUCGGCACGCUUGGCGUCAUCCACGUCGUGCCCACGCCUCUAGACGAGACGACCCUUCGGACGCAACUCGCCUCGAAGCUCCACGACCUCACGACGACGACGUACGCGUUGGUCUACGAGAGCGAGACAAAGUCGCUGCGCAUGUUCCCUAGCAGCUCCGAGGAGCCCCUCAUCCCUGUGACCGUGGUCGCGACGCCCGGCCACUGCGCAUCGCCGUUUACGGCAGCCAUCGAGUACGGGAUCGUGCGCUGCUUUGCCACGCUUGACAUCGCUUGGACGAGAGAUGGGCGCGACCGAAGCAUGGCAGCGCGAUCGGCCAUCGACGAGCGCGUCGCCAUGCUAUCGGCCCCGGAGGCCAUGUACUUCGAGCUUCCGUCCGGCGAUAUCGCGUCGCGAGCGGGCGACGUUGUCCAUACGUCAUCACGUGGAAAGCGGUCGGCAUGGUCGCUCUCCGAGAUCGUUCGCCCCAAACCUCGAGCCAAGAAGGCGCAACGCGCCAACGACGGUUGGGACGACGCGCCAAAGAAGAGCCAACCGGUUGCGUCCACGCACGUUGCCUCGGAGGACGUGCGCUACGGGCGCGUUUGCUAUAUGGAGCUCCUGACGUCAAUGACGCCGUCGACUGGCACCGCGCCCGUCAUAACCUCGUCAUUCCGCGAUCAUCUGUCCAUCACCGUGGAUGUUGUAUGCUGCCUCCCGACGCGCUCGCCGCUCGCGCUUGUGCUCCAGACGCUAGCGAAUCGCCUCACCGACCAGCUUUGUGAAUCCAUGAAGCAUCUUCAGCCCGAAACGCAGCAGCUUCGAUGCCAUCAGUUUCCACUGCGUAAUGGCGCGAUGCACCCCGUUGCCGUAUGGUCCGUGGACGGCCACGAGGUGCCGCCGUCGUCACGCGACCACCUCCACGGGCUCUUUUACCAGCCGCUCCACCCGACGUUUUUACCUGCGGGUGCAUGGUCUCUGUCCCGGACGCAGCCACCGUCAGACGUGCUUCUCAACGUGCACGUGGGCAUUUCUGUUUCCAAGGGUGCGGGUGGCACGCAGUUUCUCGUCUCGGGCGACUAUGCCUUCUACCAUUACAUGCAGCAAGGCGUCAACGACAAGGGCUGGGGUUGUGCGUAUCGGUCGCUUCAAACCCUGGCUUCGUGGCUUGUGCUCAACCACUACAACCCGGUUAUCCAUCAAUGGUACCUCUAUACGCUCAAUCGAUCGUGCUUUGUAGGGUCCUGUCCCGACCCACCGCGAGAUCCAAGAGACACUGGUACACAUUGGCGACAAACCGCCCCGCUUUCUGGGCUCCUCCGACUGGAUUGGGUCCAUCGAAGUGGGAUUUGUGCUCGACGAGCGCUACGGGAUUACUUUUCGCAGCCUCUACUGUGCGUCGGGCGCCGACUUGGCGUCCCGAGCGCACGACCUCGCGCUCCAUUUUGAAACGCAAGGGACGCCCGUCAUGAUGGGCGGCGCUUCCAUGGCGUACACGCUGCUUGGCGUUGACAUUCACGCGGUGACGGGCGACGUGGCGUUUUUGGUUCUGGAUCCGCACUACACUGGCCCCGAUGAGGUGGUGACGAUUCAAACCAAGACCGUAUCCCUCGAAGGUUUCAAGGGCGUCGCAUGCGGCUGGCGCAAAUCAACGGCGUUUGCGCCACGAAGCUUUUACAACUUCUGCCUCCCGCAGCGCCCCGUGCUCCAUUGACCAGCGGUGAUAGAAUGGUACAGCUCCAACAGACAACCUCUG